AUGCAACACUUGGAGGAGGAGUUCACAGUAGCAGCUGGUAAGGGCUUGGGGUGGCUGGCAGGGUUGGGUUGCAAGAGCAUGGGCAAUAGGUGGAGGAAGAAGAUAGAAGGGAGAGGAGAUAGGGAAGUAAAGAGUAAGGGAGAGGGAGAGGGAGAGGGAGAGGGAAGCAAGGAGGGGCACGAGACUGGCAGAGAGAAGAGGGAGGGAAGAGAGGAGGGGAAGGAGAAGGAGAAGGAGAAGGAGAAGGAGAAGGGAAGGAGGAGGCUCGCGGGGGUUGUCUAUAAAGGAAGAGAAGAAGAGACUUUAAUGGAGGGAGGGGAGGGGGGGGUCUGCGACCUACCCAGCAAGGAUACCCGACUCAGUUGCAUGGCCAGCAGCAGCGGCAACUCCAGCCGCUACUCUUCAACUUCUUCUUCUUCUUCUUCUUCUUCUUCUUCUUCUCGGAGACAUCCACACAGCCACCCGAGCACACCAGUAGCCACCGCAGCGGCCAUCCAUUCCGAUAGCAGUAGCGAGCCUCUGCAGCAGUCCUGCUCCCAGCAUCGACAACGACCCAGCCGUCCACACAGCCACCUGAGCACACCAGCAGCCACCGCAGCGACCAUCCAUUCCAGUAGCAGUAGCGAGCCUCCCCGGAAACGACCCAGCCGUCCACAGAUCCGAGGCCACGCGCAGCAACCAUCGUCACUCACUCCCGUCCCCGUCACCGUCGCCGUCGCUUGCUCCCGUCGCCAUCGGCUUCUCCCGACUGCAGCCCCCCUCUAUUGUGCUGCUGCUGAUACUGAUGCUGAAGCUGAGGCUGAGACUGAAGUUGAACCUGAGGCUGCAGCUGAGGCUGGCACUGUAGAUGCAUAUUGA